AUGGCUCCUCUCAAGGCCCUCCUGGCCCUCGCGGCCGCCACGCUCGCUGUCGAAGCCCGCCUGAUGUCCCGCGCGGCGACCUUCGCCUCGGGCGUGUCCAUGGUCAACAUGGCCACCGACGACCAGCAGAUCAACCUCCAGAUUGGCCUCAAGCUGCAAAACAUCGACAAGCUCGAGCCCAUGCUCAAGGACGUCUCCGACCCGGACAGCCCCAACUACGGCAAGUACCUCUCGGCCGCCCAGGUCAACGACAUGUUCAAGCCCGCCGAGCAGGCCGUCGCCGCGGUGCAGGCCUGGCUCUCCAAGGAGAACGUUAAGGACGUCUCGUACACCGAUGGGGGCCGUUUCGUCAACUUCGCGACGGACGUGGGGACCGCGAACAGGAUCCUUGGCGCCAACUUUGCGUACUAUGAUGUCCAGGGAACCAUGAAGUUGCGUACGGCGCAGUACUCCGUCCCUGAUGCUAUGGCGGAGCACAUCGAGCUCGUGACGCCGACGACCUACUUCGGCAAGAUGAAGUCGGAUCCAGCCUUCGCCGCCCCUAUGCCGGCCGAAGCCAUGCCCGCUCCGUUGGCCCGCAGACAGGGUCAAGGCCCGGGUGCGACGGCGAACUGCUCCAGGGCCUUCACCCCCGCCUGCUUCGAGCUCGCGUACAACUAUGGCGCCUAUCAGGCCGACCCUGCCGCCGGUAGUCGAGUUGGGUUCGCUAGCUUCCUGAACCAGUCUGCGCGGCAAGACGACCUCACGGCUUUCCUUACCCGCUUCCAGCUGCCCGCGCAGAGCUUCAAGAGCGUGCUCGUCAACGGCGGCCAGGACCACCAGGACCCCAAAGGCCAGAUCGGUGAGGCGAACCUGGACGCGCAGGUGAUGGCAGCGGCCGUCAAGAACCUGCCCAUCACCCAGUUCAUCACGGGAGGCAAGCCGCCCUUGAUCCCCAACCUGCGCACCCCGACGCAGGCCGACAACCAGAACGAGCCCUUCUUGGACUUUUACCAGUUCAUGAUGACGCAGGAGAACGCCGCUAUCCCGCAGGUCCUCUCCGUCUCGUACGGCGACGACGAGCAGACGGUACCCGUCGAGUACGCCACGCGCGUGUGCAACCUCAUCGGUAUGAUGGGCCUGCGCGGGGUUACCAUCCUCGAAUCGAGCGGUGACACCGGCGUCGGCGCCCCCUGCCGUGCCAACGACGGCAGCAACGCGCCUCAGUUCACGCCGACCUUCCCCGCCACGUGCCCGUACAUCACCGCCGUGGGCGGUACGCAAGCGUUCGGCCCCGAGAUCACGUGGGUCGCCUCCGGCAGCGGCUUCAGCAACUACUUCAAGCAGGCGUGGUACCAGGAGGCGGCGGUGACGUCGUACCUGGCGACGGGCAUUUCGCCCGAGACCAAGAAGUAUUACGAGCCGUUCGCCAACUUCACAGGGCGUGGGUUCCCCGACAUCUCGGCGCACUCCGCGAGCCCGCCGUUCGCCAUCGUCAACGCAAACAGGCUCGUCGGCACGGGAGGAACAUCCGCCUCGGCACCUCUGGUCGCCGGCCUCGUGGGACUCCUCAACGAUGCCAGGAUCCGUGUCGGACAGCCAACGAUGGGCUUCAUGAACCCGUGGCUGUACAAGAGGGGCUUCAGGGGCCUGACGGACGUGAACACUGGCGUUGCGCAGGGCUGCGGCGGUGUUGAUUUGCAAUCUGGAAAGCCGUUGCAGGGCGCCGGCAUUAUCCCUUUUGCGUCGUGGAACGGAACCCAGGAUUGGGAUCCUGUGACGGGACUUGGUCUUCCCAACUUUGAGAUGAUGAAGACGAUUGCCUUGAUGAAGUAA